GAAGGAGGUGAGCGGGGAUGGUGGAGUCGGGGCUCGGGACGGCAGCCCGGGGCGGGAGCUGCACAGGGGCGCCCGUGGGCCCUUCCUCCGCCUUCCUGCCUGUCGGGGGGCCCGGCCGGCCGUCGGAAUUCUAAUGAGCUGACAGCACCAUUGUUACCAGUUGAAAUGAGUUCUCAGAAAUGAGCAGAGUGCUUUUAGAGCCACCAUGUGACAGAUGGCUGUGAGUCCAAGCCCAUCACUUCUUCUUCAGCCCACACUCUGACGGGGUAGGGGCUUUGUCUCUUCAGCCUUGAUCUGGAUUGCUGCCGAGGAGGAGUUGAUGUAGUGUUUUAUUUAAGCGUGAGUCACCAUGAGUAGUAGUUUAGGAAAAGAAAAAGACUCAAAAGAGAGAGAACCCAAAGCACCAUCCGCCAAGGAGAGAGAAAAGGAGGCGAGAGCCUCAGGAGGUUCUGGGAAAGAAAGCAAAGAGAAAGAACCUAAAACCAAAGGGAAAGAUGCCAAAGAUGGAAAGAAGGAGUCCAGUGCUGCCCAACCAGGUGUGGCUUUUUCAGUCGACAAUACCAUCAAAAGGCCAAAUCCAGCACCCGGGACGAGGAAAAAAUCCAGCAAUGCUGAGGUAAUUAAGGAGCUUAACAAAUGCCGGGAGGAGAACUCAAUGCGCUUGGACUUAUCCAAAAGGUCUAUACAUAUACUGCCACCAUCAGUCAAAGAGUUGACUCAGCUCACAGAGCUUUACUUAUACAGUAACAAAUUACAGUCCCUCCCGGCAGAGGUGGGCUGCCUAGUCAAUCUCAUGACACUGGCUCUAAGUGAGAAUUCACUCACCAGUUUGCCUGACUCUCUUGAUAACUUGAAGAAGCUGCGGAUGCUUGAUUUACGGCAUAAUAAACUGAGAGAAAUUCCUUCAGUGGUGUAUAGACUGGACUCUCUCACCACACUCUAUCUUCGCUUUAAUCGCAUAACUACUGUGGAAAAGGACAUCAAAGACCUGCCCAAGCUCAGCAUGCUCAGCAUCCGAGAGAACAAAAUCAAGCAGCUGCCUGCGGAGAUUGGUGAGAGGCUCGGGCUUGUUGGUGAAUUAUGUAACCUCAUUACCCUGGAUGUAGCUCACAAUCAACUUGAACACCUUCCAAAGGAGAUUGGAAACUGCACACAGAUAACCAACCUUGACUUGCAGCACAAUGAACUACUAGACCUCCCAGAUACAAUAGGAAACCUGUCCAGUUUAAAUCGCCUUGGCCUGAGAUACAAUAGAUUGUCAGCAAUACCCAGAUCAUUAGCAAAAUGCAGUGCACUUGAGGAGUUAAAUUUAGAGAACAAUAACAUUUCUACUCUACCAGAGAGUCUUUUAUCCAGUCUCGUAAAAUUGAAUAGCUUGACCUUAGCUAGGAAUUGCUUCCAGUUAUACCCGGUGGGCGGCCCGUCUCAGUUCUCCACCAUUCAUUCCCUGAACAUGGAACACAAUCGAAUCAACAAAAUCCCAUUUGGAAUUUUUUCCAGAGCUAAAGUGUUAAGUAAGCUGAAUAUGAAGGACAAUCAGUUAACGUCCCUUCCUUUGGAUUUUGGAACUUGGACCAGUAUGGUAGAAUUGAAUUUAGCGACUAAUCAGCUCACCAAGAUCCCAGAGGAUGUGUCGGGUCUGGUGUCUCUUGAGGUUCUGAUAUUAUCCAACAACCUUCUAAAGAAGCUUCCGCAUGGUCUCGGGAACCUGAGGAAGCUCCGAGAGCUCGACCUGGAGGAGAACAAGCUGGAGGCCUUGCCCAAUGAGAUUGCUUAUCUUAAGGAUUUGCAGAAAUUAGUCUUGACAAACAACCAGUUGACCACGCUUCCCAGAGGCAUCGGUCACCUUACCAACCUCACGCACCUUGGUCUUGGAGAGAACCUGCUCACUCACCUUCCCGAGGAAAUUGGUACACUGGAAAACCUAGAGGAGCUGUAUUUGAACGACAACCCCAACCUUCACAGCCUCCCCUUUGAGCUCGCUCUCUGCAGCAAGCUGUCAAUCAUGAGCAUUGAGAACUGUCCGCUCAGUCACCUCCCACCUCAAAUUGUUGCUGGAGGGCCUUCGUUCAUUAUUCAGUUCUUAAAGAUGCAGGGUCCAUAUCGUGCCAUGGUCUGAUACAAACUGCUGGUCCCACACACUGUUCAAAAAUAGACUGCCAUUAAUCUUUCAUAUCUGUAUCUGUAUCUGUGUGGAUAUUGAUCUAUGGCAGAUUUAUAAAGACUGCAUUAUGUGUUUCUGCUAAUAGAGGAAUUAUAGCCAUUUAGAUUUUUUUAAUUCUGUAAAAAAAGGCUUAUAUAAGUUUUCUUUGCUAAAUUUGAUGGAUGUUUUUCUGUUGUGUAAUCUGAUAUGCCAGUUUGUUUAAAAAUCUUCCAAAAAAUUAUGAAGUCAUUAAAUUUAAGGAACAAAAUAGUAUAGUUAAAUAUGUUUCUCUUAGGAAAAUGUGGGCCAAAAAUUUUGUUGCAUCUUUUCAUAUAUAUUUCCCCUUAAAAUUGUCAGAUCUUUAUAACAGCAUAGGCCCUGAAGGUAGAAUUUUUCUUUAACUUAUUUUGAAAUUUGAAAUUUAAAUUUUAUAUAUUGUUUACAAUCGGAGUGAAUCACUGGAUUAUUUUGAUUUGCUCUGUUUUAAUCAGUCAGAGUUUAUAUUCUGUUAAAGAAUUUGCAUCAGUUUAAAUAUUAAAAGAUACUUUGUUGAAACAGCUGGCAAACAGAAAAUGUACAUUUAGAAAUCAAAAUUUCCACUAGUUUUUGUUUCUCCAGUGAACUGUAAAGCAAAUAUCUGAGUGAGUCUCUGGCGCUGGGGUGUUGACCCUUUCCUGGGAUAGAGUGCGUUACUGUGUGGGAGGGGCAGAAAGCUGGUGGGGAAGGAGGGGCAGAAAGCUGGUGGGGAAGGAGGGGCAGAAAGCUGGUGGGGAGGGGUUUCCUUUCAUUUCUUUUUAUCCCCGUUCCUGAAAGUUGCAGAUCCAUAAAAUCUUAACUGAAAUUUGGCAAGUGAAUAACACAUAAACACACAUUCUAUAUAUGUAUAUAUAAUGCUAUAUAGAUAUGUAUUUAUUAUAUCAUAAACUACAAUAGGUAACUUUAAAGACUUCUCCCUUUACUUGUACAAUGAGAUGAAUGUCUCUCUAAAGACUGCAGUAUCUGUGUGUUUCAAGGUUAUGUAACAGUGUACUAUGGUUUUAUAUCUUGACUCGCCUUGUCCAUCUGUCUGUUCGGGAGUACCUGUGUCUAAGCACAAUCUCUUCACACUGUGCUGUAUUGCUGCUGAACUAAAUGCACUUUCCCCAUACACGGGGCACUGGCUUCAAACAAUUCAGUUCAGUACUGUUACUUUCAGUCUCAUCUUUCCUUGGUUGGCAGGUGGUAGUACAGUUAUGGAAAAUGACACAUUACAUUGAUGCCAUUGGUAGUUCUGUGGAAGUUAUGUAGGAUGUGCAUGGACUCUUUGAUAAUAUUUUCUUUUGCUUUACUGCCUUUAUGAAUAUCAACUGUAAAUGUGUGCCCCUUACAUAGUAUUCUUACUUUUGGUAGUGUUUGUCUAGGUCAAUUGAAUUAUUGAGAACCCCCGACCCCCAGAGCAAGUGCAUCCUAGAUACAAUCCCGAAACACACCUUCCAUACAAUGAGUAUUAGACAUGAGUACAUAUUGCUGCUUGUUCUUUUGUUUUGUGCCCCCCCAAUUUUUGAAUAUUUUGUUAUAAACAACUUUUUAAAAAUUAAAACUGUAAUAUCAAGAUAAACAUUUGGAUUUUUGCUUUUCCUAGCACUCAAACUCAAGACUGGGUGUGAAGUCAAAUCUGUGUUCAUAAUUGGCAAAUUUGUAAGGAACAACUAAGAAAUGGAAGGCAGGUAAAGAUAUAAAACCCUAGGAUGCCUAAAUGUGCUGUAAAACUAUUGUAGGUGUUCACUGGAUUUUACAAAGGAACAGCCUUUCUCCUUUUCCAUCUACUGUGGCUUUUCAGUUAAGAUUUUGUUUAUAAAAGGAAUUUAUUACAGUUCUACCUAGA